AUGGUGCAUGGCAUGGACGUGAACAUAAACAGAAAUAUGGACCUCUCUAAAUUUGUGCCUUUAACACAUCAGGCUGCAGGACACCCGGACUUGCUGGAGUCUGAAGACUCAGGCCUAUUCGCCAAGUUAACAAAUAGGAAGGAGGUCGAAUUUUACAGCAGGCUGAAUUCUAAUGUCUCUGAAGAUAAACCAUUGGGAAGCGGUUUGAUUGACUGGGUUCCUCAGUUUAUGGGAGUCCUAACCCCAGGAAUUUCACCUGACUUGAAAUCUCAAGGCGCUCCUGUAGCUGCUGAGUUGGAGAAGAAGGCCUCUGUGCAACCUUCUUCAGAUAAACAGUACAUCUUGUUGGAGAACCUAUUGUUUGGCUUUAGCCAGCCCUCAGUAUUGGAUAUCAAAUUGGGAGUCAAACUAUAUGAUGAUGAUGCCACAGAUGAUAAAAAGGAGAGACUGGGUAAAGUCAGUGAUUCUACUACUAGUGGUAGCCUAGGUUUUCGAAUAUGUGGAAUGGACAUCAAAAAGACCCGUAAAGAAGUCCACGAGAAAUGGUCCGACUACGUCACAACUUACCAAGACGCGCACAAGGUUGAGUAUCUCAAGUUCGAUAAAUGGUUUGGAAGAGCACUAGACGUAGACUCGAUCCUUGAAGGGCUGGAUCUUUUUUUCCAUCAUAAUGAGCUGCCAGAGGAGUUGAGGAAUAUUAUUCUCUCCAAUACAGAGACUAGGUUACAAUUGCUGUAUAACUGCUUGCUCGAGGAGGAAAUACGGGUUAUAUCCGGGAGCCUACUAAUCAUUUUUGAGAACGAUUCAGCCCGGUGGAAGAAGAAAGAUAACCAAGACAGCAUAGUUUUCCAGAGGGAGAUUUACGAAGACGAUCAGGAAGAGGAGGACCACAACGACCCUGACGAUGAACACCUCCUUCGGGAGAAUUGCCCGCUCAGCAAAUUGGCUUUAGUGGACUUUGCACACUCGACAUUUGUUCCAGGACAAAAUUACGAUGAAAACUUAGUUGAUGGUUUGGAAAGCCUUCUACAGCAAAUCUCUCACCUUAAAGAUAACAGACAGAUAUAG